UCUCGUGCGUUGUAAUGCCGUAAAUUCCGGUCACCGGUCUACACGGCGUUACAUGACGUCUCCACGUGUACCACUAUGAGGACGAUGAGGACUAUGAGAACCUCAAAUCACACACCGUUAAAGAAGUUACUAAUAAGCUGAACCUGAAUUGCUGUUGUCUGCGAACGUCUGCCAAGGACAAAAUACGGUUGAGUACUUUCGUGUUUAAGACACCGUGAUAAUGCUGUUAGUAGAGGUCAGUAGUGCUAAGUGCGAUAGCAUUUAGACAAGCAAAAUAGCGAAUUACAAUUUCUUGUGGAGACGUAGGAACGGUAGGAACAGAUACGAAGCGUCCACCUGUCAGCGUGCAGUAUGCGUGUUACGUAUUUUUAUCCUUAAUUUUGUUUUCAUAGUUAUCAUAAUUUAUGUUUUAAAAUAUAUCACGUAUUAAGGCGUUGUGUUUGGUCGUGGAAAGUAUUGUACCGGUUAAAGGUUACAGGGAAUAGAAUAUAUAAAUCGGAUCCUUUUUUAACAUUUGUGAAUUUCAAAAAAAAGUAUUAACUACAUUAAGAAAAGAGUGACAUGAGACUGAGCCUUGAUAUGAGCCGCAUAUGGACUCCUGUACAAGCCACUCCUCAUCCUUCAAAUGUGAGUGGACUGUCUUUCAUCGGAGAGCAAGUGCUACAAGUGUUACAAAAGAAAUGGCAAGAUAGUUACAGCUCCCUGACCAAUGUGACCACCACACCAGCCCACUACAUUCUUAGUACUAGAGAAGGUGGUGCUUUUGAGGAACCCACUCCAGCAUGCAGGAUUCCAGUUGUGUCAGAGCCUAUCACAGAUCUGUGUACAUUGAGGGCAACUAACCCAGCAUCUACAGAGUGGAGAACUAAUACUGUACCUCAGAGUCUGCAAGUAAAUAGCAAACUACCUAUCUCUAAUAUGGAUAUAAGCUCAGCAUUGAAUGUGGAAAAGGUGACAGAUAAUAACACACUUCUGCAUCUACCAUCUCAUCAUCCUAAUAGAGCAACUGGAGCACUGACAAUACCCAUAUCUAAUUCCAAACUUGAAAUAAAUUAUUUGCAUUCUACAACAAACCACAGAGGUCAACAGAACCUUUUUUAUCCAUCUGAUAUUAAAUCUAAUGGAAAUAAGUUGCAGACAUUUGUAUCAUCUUCAGAACUUAACAAGCUAGAGAAUUCAUGUCAAAAGAAAAACUACAUCCAAAAUGCAUUUCCUAAUAAUGUUGAUCAAGAACACGCAAAUGAGGAUACAAGAAUUUGCAGAAUAUACUCACUGAAAGAGAAUGACAGGCCUACAAAAAUCAUUUCAGAUGUUUUUCAAACUGAUAAGCCUACAACAGGUUCAUUUGAGGACAUGUUAGAAAAACUAAAUCAAGCAUAUGAACUUACUCAUAAAACCUUUAUAAAUUUACCUUCGCAGCAUACAAUUGUACAGAAGUCUCCUCUGCAAGGCUGUCACACUGCCAGAGAUACAGCAUUGAGGAAUGAGGAAGAGCGACUAUUACUUUCAUGUGAUAUGUUUGAUGCAGGUGGCGACAGUAUAUUGGAUGGAGCUGCAUCUGAUAAACUAGAAAAUAAAGGUAGUCAAGAUGCAGUACUCAAUAAAGUAGUUACUCAAGAUCCCAAUUAUUUUAUGCCAUUACAGGAUGGUAGCAGUUUUAUGGAAGGUGAUUGCUACAAAGGUGAUGAGUUAUGUGAAAAAUACCCUAGUCAGAAAAAUUAUAGCAGCAUUCAGCCAUUUGUGGCAGUCACAGUAACAGAUGAAGAUCGGGGGUCAUGUGUCUCACAAGAGAAUUUGAACUGUAAUGAGGAUAUAAGAACUGGAAAUAUAGAAAUGGCCAUUCCUGAAGAUGAGAACUGGAAAAGAAGCAACAAAGAUAUAAAUGCUUUAGCAGAUUGGCUUUUACAUGAAGCAGAAUUUCAAAGUAAUUCUUCCACAACUUCAGGAAAGAUUCAUCACAAAUCACAUAAAACUAUCCAACUAAAAUCACAUGUGUCAUCUGAAGAAUUAACUACAAAGACUUCAGAUCACUCACAUUACAAAGAGGCCCCGUCAAGUAAAGCCAUUUGUAUCAAAGAAAAGGAACAUAACACAUUUGUUAAAGGCAGGUAUUACAUGUCCAUGAAAGGAAAGCUGGAAGUACCAGGAGUGUUUCAGAAAAGAGGAAGAACAAAAGUUAAAUUGUGUUCUAAUCAACAAAUAACUUACUCUGAAGUGAACUUAAAAGGGUCAGAGACAGUAGUAUCAAGUAUGAAUACUGAAGAUGUGACUGGUGGUACCUUUGCUUCAAGUGGCAAGAAUAAAAGGAAAACAAUGUUUCAGACCCCAUUCAAGAAAAUAUCUUCCCAAGCAAAGCAGGAUCCAGAAAAAAGUAAAGCACAGAUGGGUAGCUGUAAAGAUUUCAACAUUAUUACUCUAAAUGAUAAUUCAGUUCAAGACAUCAUUUCCAAAGUGCAAACAAAUGGUCUAUUGGAAAUAGGGUUAACAAUUUUAUAUCGGGAAGGCUUCAGCCAGUUGAAUAAACCCAGUGAAUUCUCAGUGUUUGGCCACUGUACUCCUAUGGGGCUCAUGUUGGCUCUUACAGUGCAGCCAGGCUACACAGAUUUUUGCUACUUCAGUGUCAGCGACAAUCACUGGAAAAAUAAAAAUACACCACAAACCUUUAUAUCAUUGCUGUUGAAUGGACGUUGUAGGAAGCUGUGUUAUGAUGCACAAGAACUGAUCAUGUUCCUAGUUGACAAGUAUGGCUUUGAGGCUGAUCAAGUAUGCUUAAAGUGGCUUCUCUUGGAUCCGAAAGUGGGUUGCUGGCUGUUAGAUCCUGAUCAUCCUCCUGGUCAGUUUGCUGAUGCGGUUCAUGCGUUGAGUCUUGGGCUGGAAAAGCCCAGUGCAUCCCCCAACAUGAAAACUGUCGCAUGUCAUCAGCUGCAGCUACUCUCAAGUUUGACAGAGAAACUAUACCAGCAACUGCUAAAACAGAAGUUGUGGAAGAUUUUUGUGGAUAUGGAAAUGAAGCUUUUGCCUAUACUUGCAGUUAUGGAACUUCGGGGUAUCCUUGUUAAUAAAGAAAGGCUGAAGGAAAUGGAAAACGUUUUAGAGAAUCAAAUGAAUAGACUGAAGGAUGCAGCAUAUAGAGCAGCUGGGAAGCACUUUCACAUGAAUUCAGUGCCUCAGCUGAGUCAGAUCUUGUAUGAACAUCUCAAAUUGGACCAGAAAGCUGGAAUCAAAGUGAAAACCACCAUGUCACGUGGAUCCAAAUCUACCUCAAUACCAAUGCUAAAAUUACUCCAGCCAUUUCAUCCCCUCCCAGGAAUUGUGCUGGAAUAUAGGCACUUACACAAACUGAACUCCACAUAUGUAGCAGGGAUGUUACAGCACACCAAAGGAGAUUAUAUCUUCACAACCUGGGAACAGACAGCAUGUGCUACAGGUCGCUUGACAUCUAGUAAUCCCAACCUACAGUCUGUUCCAAAACAGCCCAUUUCAAUAGCUGGUCAGACAGAUGAACAAAGAUCCAUACUACUACGAUCUCCGUUCAUUCCAAGGCCUGGGCACGUACUUUUAGCAGCCGAUUUUCAGCACAUUGAGUUUCGAAUAUUUGCACAUUUGGCUAAAGAUGUGGCCUUGAUUCAGCUUUUUCAUAAGCCCAAUGAUAUCUUUGUAAACUUGGCCCAAAUGUGGCUGAACAGGGGAAGUGCAGUAAUCACAGCUGAGGAUCGUGAGAAGACAAAACGAAUUGUAUAUGCUAUGAUGUAUGGAGCUGGAGCUCAGAAGUUGGCUGAAAUUCUAGAUGUUAAAGGAGAUGAGGCAAACUUCAUCAUCAGUAGUUUUAACAGUAUCUUUCCAGGGUUACAUACAUUCCGUCAACAUGUGAUAGAUGAGUGUCAGAAGCAAGGCUACCUCUGCACUGUUGGUGGGAGACGACGACUUUUCCCAAGUAUUUGCAGUUCCAGUUUCAUAGUUCGGGCUCAUACGGAAAGACAAGCCGUUAAUUUUGUUAUUCAAGGUUCAGCAGCUGACCUGUGUAAAUCAGCCAUGCUGCAGAUAGAGCACAAGCUACAAGAAGAGCAGCUGGCUCACGAUGCACAUCUCCUGCUACAGAUACAUGAUGAGUUGGUGUGGGAGGUGAGCAUUGCUCAGCUCCAAAAUGUCAGAGGUAUAGUGAAGACAGUGAUGGAACAGAGUAAAUCACUUUUUGGGCUCUCAGAAAAAUUUUCUGUCCCAUUGCCUGUUCUCAUUUCCACUGGAGAAACCUGGGCUGACAUGACGCCUUAACCUGUCAGUGACUCAAUAACCUUGACAUAAAUGAAGUUAUAUGUUCUCAAGCUUCAUUGUUUAUCUUCAUCAUCAUAAUAAUUUUGCCUAGUUGGUCUGCACAGUAAAAUGUUAUGUUCUGUGUCAUAUGCCAGGCACAGCUUCAUAUUACUACUUUCAUUGUUAUGUACAGAAAGUUUUACAGAGCUGAAUAUCACAGCAUUUUGGAUGAAGCUGAUAUACAGGGUGUUUCAAAGUUCUAGCUCAAUAUUUAAGGAAGUUUUGGGGGCGAACAUUUGGAGCUGAAAAUGUAAAUAAAAUGUUACCACCAUUAAGUAGUAACACUUUUAUGUUGGUGUUUCCUUGUAUUAUUGUGAUUUAAAAUUUUUAACAAUUAGAAACAGUUCUUUUUAACAUGAUAUGUCACAUGAUCUCUUUAUUUGUAGUUAAGAAAAAGCAAAUUCUGUCCUUUGUACCAUUUUUCAUUUGUCACUUCAGAGUAGCUCUUCUUGUGUACAUUCUGUUCUUGUCAGGAAAUGUACUGUAUGUCAAAGCAAAUGUUCAGAGUGGCCUCCCUCCUCCUGAACACACACCACACAGAGCCAUCAGAUUGAGCCCCCUUGCAGCAACUAAUUGUCUAAGUUGAUUCCUAAUGUUUUUAGUAGUUACCUUAUUGUGAUUAAUUAGAUUAUCAUGAUUCUGAACUUCCAUGGCAUAAACUAUUUCCUUCACGCAUUCCCACAACUUAAAAUCUGUGUGUGUGGGGGGGGGGGAAGCCAGAGAUAAGUGGAUGAUGGAGGCCAGGUGACUGCACAGUUGAACUGCCCAGAACAUUUUUGUGAAGCUUAUUGUGCACUUGAUAUGAAAAAUGGGAGGGACACCAUAAUUUUGAAACCACGUGCUCUUUUGCACCUGUGGAAGUACAUCUUUUGAUAAAAGUUGAAGUAUUUCUUCGAGGAAAUUGACAUAAUCUGGUCCACUUAGAGUAGCCUAAAUAUCCUAUAUUACGUAUGGUCUGAUCACAUAAUCUUUUGCAAAUCUAGCCCACAGCAAAAACAUCAUUCUGUCAGGUGUUGUUAUGGUGUCAUGUCAUUUCUUGGUGGUUUUCCUAAAUCUCUUUUCCCCCCAGGCUUAUGUUGUUAUUACUUCCAUAAAGCAUUCAUUGUUAUCAUGGUGAAGCUUUGUUGUUUUUGAGCUAUGGAGAGUACUACCUACUGUGAUGUAACAAUGUAGUUCAGUAGAAGUUUGUAUACUGGCACCAUCUUCAGAAUUAAAGAAUAAGCAGGAAAUGAUCAAGAAGCAGACUUGCUGUUCCUAUAAAACAUCAGUGAACUUCUACAAAACUACAUCCCACAAGGAAGUACUCUCUUGAUGUCCAGAAUAAUAAUUAGCUCAGAAUGCAGUACCAGAUGUUAAAGUAUAAUGUCUAACAGCAUUUUCCACAGUCCCAUUGUAUUUAUGAAUCACAUGGGGUGAAUGUAUUUAUUGACUGCUUAUACACAUGACUCAGAACUACAAGCAAUUACAGUGCUAUCACUGAUCUACACACUUUACAAAUCACUGCACUAAGCCUCAGUCUUUUAUAGUCUUUCCUACUCAUUGCUUGGUAACAGCUCUCAGUAAUGGAGAUUCUUCAACUUAUGUGCUCAUGCUAUUGCCUGUUCGCUAAUACUACUCACAACUGAACUAAUUGCUUCAACUGCCCUGGUUAUAACAUCUCAGCAAGGACCACAUAGAAAACAUCCCAUUUCCAACAGUAACUAUUGUUGCUUGUGUAUUUGUUGCUGCGGGAACAUGUUUCCCAAGCUGUUGCCCAGAAACGUUCAUUGUUUAGAGAGUCACCACUUAGCAACAGAUCUGUAUUCCAUGUAGCUCCCUCCAUAAGACUGUUUGUCCCAAAUGGCCUACAGGUAUACCACCAUUUCUCCUCUUUUAAGUGCUGUAAUUGGUCUCACCUUCCUCUCUGAAGCUCGGUUUUCAUGGUGUUUGUUCUCCAACUGCUCCCACUGCACCCUCCUUAAGGCACUUGACCCAUGCGGCUCCCUAAUAAGGUUCAAGUCAGUCCAGGUGUAUCACCAUCAUCCUGUUUUUCUGAUUGGUGGUGGCUAAAGUUCCAAGAAUGGUCAGUGCUCCUACAUCCAUUGCUCUUGAUCUGCUGUUAAUGGCUUCUUUUGUUUUGGAGAGUGGCUGACCCUUUCACAGUGUUCUGACAUUCAUAUUUUGAAUACUGACUGCAGACCCGACUGUUCACUUCAUGAUCUCCAGCCCACUGGUUUUCCCGAAGAUGCUGCUGGAUGUGCUCUCCUUCCUCAGACUAGUAGCUGGAUUGCGCCUCAGUCCCUUCUUGCAUUGAUACCUUCCGGUUUCACCUGAAAUCUCUUGCUGAAUAUUCGUCCUUUCUGGGUUCCUUGUGUAAGAUUGUCCUUGCCUGGUCCCUGAUGACCCUGUCCCUUCUGCGAUGCAGGAAUGACAUGGUGGGUCAUCCUUCUGUGGGUGGCAGUCGGCUUCUUCCAGGAUCCAACAUAUCCCUAGGUCCAUUUCUUCAGCUGACUGUGAGACCUUAUAGCUAGAUGGCAGUCCCUGUUCUCCUACUCUAGUGCUCCAAAAGUUGCCACUGCAGUCUGCUCCUUAGGGACCUCAUCUAUAAGCCCCAGUAUUAUUUGUAGCUACAGGGUCACCACAUUGUGUUUACACAUAUAAUUUUAAUCAGCAAGAAAAAAUUAAUAAAUCAUAGUAUAUAAUCAAAGUGGGUGUAUACAUGUAUGUGUUAUGUCUCAUUAGUGUGUCUGCAGUAACUGACCCCAUGGUACAAGGUCUUCAUUGAAAUACUGGUAGUUACUGAGAUGGUAAAGAAAUUGUUUGCUUUUGUGGAAACCAGUUGUUCUUUACUGUGCAGUAAACUCUGAAGUAAUAACACAAAUCCAUAAACACAGUAAAGUCAACCAUUCAGAAGAAAUGUGCAGAAUAUAAGCUAAAGCAGAGAUAAAGAAUUUGCCCUUUUUCCAUUUACUGUUCCAUGAAGGUGUGUAAAUCUGCAUAUAAUUUGUACUGUGGCAUUAAGUAGGUGUGUUCCUUUUGAAUUGUUCCUGAUGUUCUGAAAUACUUGCAUUAUGCUGGUUUACAAGGAUUUAUAGGCGGUUGUCCUGCUUAUAAUUCUUAUAAUUUUGCAUAUUCUCUUUGACCAACUGAAUAGGAAUCUUUUUCUGCCAGUAUUAGUAUUCAUUCAUUCAUUUAUUUAUAGUUCCAAAAAAAUCCAUAGAGGCAUCUGCCUCAGAUAUAGAACAAGU